AUGGAUAAGUUGAAGGAAAAGAUCCAAAACUUGAAGCUUGCCAGUGAAGAAUGGCAAGAAAAGCACGAUGGCAUCAAGGACAAGAACAAGGAAUUGGAACAAGAAUUAUUGGAAAAAGAAAACUUGAUCAAGUCCUUGACCACCAAGAACGAAACCUUGGAAGCUGAAUUGGAAAAGAUCGAAGAAGAAUAUAAGAUCACCAAGGAAAAGUUCAGUGACGUUGAUGUUAAGGCUGAAACUUUGGAAAAGAAGGUCACCAGUCUUGAAAAGGAAAAGGAAGACUUGGAACUCAAGAAUGAAGAAUUGAAUGCCAAGUAUGUCAAGGCCAAGGAAGAAUUGGAUGAAAUCACUGACCAAUUGAACUCUUUGUAG